ACCAUGCUGCUUUGGCUGGCGCUCGCCGUGUUGAGCGCGCUGGCCUGCCCAUCUUCUGGCCUGCCAAAUGGCGCACCAACGUCCGUCUGCGAUACCAUGCUACCCUUCCACGGUGGUGGCAUCCCGCCACUAACCACCAAAACGCCCUUCCUGGUAACGCCCCAAUCGACGGUGAUCGGCAGCGGUCAAACGCUCAAACUCGAUAUCGAGUCCUUUCCGGCCAACAUCGUGUUCAAGGGGUACAUGAUACAGGCACGCCAAGCCAACCCACCGAAUGCCGUCGUUGGCCAGUUCAUCUCCACCGACGAGGCCGCUAUCAAGCUGAUCGAUUGCCAGGGCAAAGAGGACACCGCGACACACACCUCAACGAGCCCGAAGCAGGAGUUGACGCUUGAAUGGACCGCACCGGAAGACUUCGUUGGGGAUGUCAUCUUUAACGCGACGAUCGCGCAGGAUUACGACAAGUUCUGGGUAGGGAUUCCCUCCGAGCGCGUGCGUGUUGUUGCCAGCUCAACGACGGUGUCUCCGGGAGGUUCUGGACCCACGAAACGCCUUACCACAACGACGACGGUGCCACCGUACAAACCAAAGGCAACUGCGGCUCCGAUUGCUGCCGAUCCGAUCUACACCGGGUGUGGUCAGAAUAAGGGUUGCUUUGGCUUCCCGGAGGGUUGUGUUGAUAGCGUGAAUUGUCGUGCCGUGGUCACGAUCGCGGUGCUUGGUUCGCGGUAUGUCUUCGAGAUGAAAUCAGCCUACAACCGACCUGCGUACGUAGCUUUUGGACUGUCCGAUGACGCCAAAAUGGGUGAUGAUUCCGUGAUCGAGUGUGUACCUGAACAAGGUACGGUCAACGCGUACGCCUCCUGGACAUCAGUUGGACCGUACGGAUCCACGCGCUUGGGUGUCCCACAAAACAUCUUCCAAGUGCUCGAGAAAUCGUACAACGAUGGAGCGAUCUACUGCAAGCUGGAACGUGACGCCGUCAGCACGGUUAAGGGCCAGAAGUUUGACCUCCUGAACGACAAGUUCCAUCUGCUGCUGGCCGCUGGCUCGUCGGUGGAAUCUACGAACGUGAACUACCACGACAUUGGCCGGCACGUGUCCGGAAGCCCACAGUCACUGGCUGAGGUUGGACCGGUGCAAGGUUCUUCAAAGUUGUUGCUACGUCUGCACGGUGCGUUCAUGAUCACGGCCUGGAUCGGUACUGCCUCACUCGGUAUCCUUUUGGCGCGCUAUUUCCGCCAAACCUGGGUUGGGAGCCAAAUGUGCGGCAAAGAUCAAUGGUUCGCGUGGCAUCGGUUCCUGAUGGUGCUUACGUGGGCUCUCACCGUGGCCGGUGUUGUGGUGAUCUUCAUCGAGAUCGGUGGUUGGUCGCAAGUGCGCAAUCCUCACGCCAUCUUGGGUGUGGUGACGACGGUGUUGUGCUUCCUGCAGCCACUUGGAGCCUUCUUCCGGCCACAUCCGGGUUCGAGCAAGCGACCCAUCUUCAACUGGCUCCACUGGCUCGGGGGUAAUCUCGCGCACGUGAUCGCCAUCGUCGCCAUCUUCUUCGCUGUGCAGCUGCAGAAAGCCGAACUGCCCGAGUGGAUGGACUUUAUCCUGGUCGCGUUCGUUGCGUUCCACGUGUUCAUGCAUCUGAUCUUCUCCAUCUUCUCCUGGAUACAGAUCGGUGGUUGCGUCAGCGAACGACGAAGCGGACAGCGUGUGACAUCCUUCCCGAUGGCUGACAUGACGCCGUCACGAAAUUCGAUGAGCUCCAGUGAACGUAAACAGGAUGCGGCCUUUUCCGGUUUCCGCAAAUCGAUGCUGUUCCUGUAUAUUCUGAUCGUGCUCGGGCUGGUCAUAGCCAUGGUGGUGAUCGUCGUCCUGGCACCGAUCGAGGCGGCGUACAACAGCAUCAAGGAGCAGAUCAUGAACUAACCCAACUGCAGCAGUAUCAAGCGCGAUACAACACGGUGCACGUAACCAGGGAAACGGAACGUGUCGCAGUAAGCCACCCACUGUCGAAUGGUGGUGGCACGCUGUAUAUGUGCGUAUGCGUGUGUGUGUGUGUGUUCAUUGCCCAUUUCCAGAAGAAGAAGAAGAAAAAUGGAAUGGAAAAGUCUGCGACAGCAGUGAAAAAACCCGCACGCAAUAAAUCAAGAACCAUAACCGUGACACGUGACCUGCAGGGCAGUUAAGGGCAGUAGUUAGAAAACAAACAAACAAACGUAAAAAAAACGCCGGAAACAAACAUCGAAUAGGUUAUGUAUGCGAGGAUUUGCUAUUGCGAUAUUGUAGAUAACAGAUUUUCUCCCGCUCCACAUGCCGUAUCUCCCACGUCCCCGUUAGUCCCCGUAAUCGUAAGUGCUCGCUCCAAUCGUCCUUUUCCCCACACUCCGGGAAAGUGUGUUAUUCGUCGUGGAGGAGAUGAGAACAGGAUCGUGCCUCCCCCCCCCCCCCCCCACACGGCCAUUGGCACCUGCAACCGUCCUUUUCCUCGCAUUUUCCGGCGAAUGCGAAGGGGCAGGCUCCAUUCCGUCCCGCUUCACUCCUGCGAGUUGUACAGAGUUAAGAAAUUGAAAUAUUUAUAGAAACAGGCCAGAGCCGGGAAGAAAGAUAGAUAGAGAGACAGAUAGAGAGAAAGAGAGAGUGUGGUUUCGUUUUUGCGUGGGUGUGGUGGUCGAAGGCAGGGCGGCUGGACUGCCGUAUACGCAUUUGUAAGUGUUUUGAGCUUUGUGUAAGAUUAUAUCCCAUCUCCCCUUUGAACUGUGUGGCUCCUUUCGGAGGAGUCCACGGUGCAAUCGGUUUGUUCGUAUUUUCAACCGUUCAGUAACUCCAUGCAUUCGUUAAGGUUUAAUGUGAACAAAAAAAAACAGUAACACGAGCACGAAACAACCGAACAAUCUCUACUGUAUUAUGCAGGAUGCUGCGCGUGCUAAAGGCAUUCUUUUAGAGCGUAUUUAAGUUGAAACAUAAUAAAUGUUGCCAUUUGCUAAA